CGAUUCGAAAUAUCAAAAUAAUGUUACAAUGACAUGGAGUCUCCGGUUUGUCGUCAAAUAUUCUGACGCACUAUUAAAAAUUCGUUAGCCUCGAUCGGAAUUCGUACAUAAUACACGUACACGCAGUAAUAUGUAAGUGCAACGUACUUUUGCGUAUACAUAAAUACUUGUACGCGCGAAAUAUAGAAAACACGUGUUAUGAAACAUUAUAAGCAUGUAUUCGUCGUUAGAUGAAAUGCGCACAACGUUGUUAGUAAAUUGAUCAUGAACGGUUAUGUGUGAAUCUCCAGCGUGCAAUCAUGAAUGUUAUGGAACAUGUUAAAGUCAAUGAUGACAAUAACGACGCUUACGAUGACGGCGUUUAUGGUCUUGUAACAAAACUGAGCCUACACAUAUUAGAAACAUAUCGACCGAUCCAAAGGAGCGUACAGUUCACUUACGAUCAUGAUGCCAGAAUAAUCAAACGUUUACGGACUAAAGCCUUCGAAAUAUUAUUGAACAGAGGCAAUCAACAUGUCCCGAAUCAUGAUUACAAGGAAUCCGACGAGAUAGAUCCAUUUUUAGAAAUCGAGAAACAUAUAUUCACUUUGAGGGUGGGAUUGAAGCAUUCUUCCGAUGCUAAGGAGUUAGAAAAUCUGGUAGAAGAACUCGAGGAAUUCCCCUGCACUGAUAUAACAAUUUCUCCUGUUUUACGACUACUGUUGCAUUUGAGAAGUUUCAAUGCAACCUCAGACCCGAUCACGAAUGUAUUUUACUGUAACAAAAUUAAUCCCAUGAUUCCUGAGAUGAUACAUAAUGACAAUGAGAUACCACCGUUCCAAAUGUAUCCUAUGGAAUCUUUCAUACAAUCAGAGAAAUUUGAAGCAACACUCCAGACACAGAGGUUCCAAAUUACAAGAGCCACACCUGUGAGCAUUAUGAAUGAGUUGAAUUUUUUGCACGAUUCAAUAAAACCCAGGACCUUGAUGGCAAUCGAGUCAAGUGACACACCUAUUGUAUGUGAUUUUAUGUCCAGCCACGUAUUCGAAAAGAUACCGUCGUCUUCUUUGCUAUCUCUAAAUCAGAACCUGAUAGUGAAUUCCGAAUUCGAGCAGUGUGCCUCACAAAAUAAUAUACUUACUGAUAAAUGUGAAAAUCUGUAUUCUUUUUCCUCCGAGAGGGGACUGGUAACAAAUUACUUGUAUCUUCCUCUUAAGCAUACAAAUACAGAAGAGAAUGCAAGCAUCACAGGUACGUGCAAAUUGUUUGAUCAGAGCGUUGUCAAUGAAUCACAAAGCACUAUGGAUAUUUGGAAUUAUGUCUGGAGUCAGAGUGACAUCACUGAUAAUCUAUCUAGUCUAAAUCGUCAAACUUGGGAACAUUUUGGAGAGAUACAAUCCAUUAAAGAGCCUAUGUUUCUCACAGACACUUCAGUAGCAGCUAUACAUUUGGAAAAAAUUCGCCAAAUGAAUAAUUUACCUCUACUCUCAGAAAAAAUAAUAAAUAGUGUGUCUCUCUUAGAAGAAAUUCCAAUUACUGAAUUUAUAAAGGAUAUGAAGUCAAUGUUACUGGGGCUAGAAUCAAAUUCCUUUGAGUAUAGACAAGCAACAGGAUUCGCCUUGCGUAAAAAUAUCAGCGUGUACGGAGUAGCUCCAGAAUCAUUAGAAAGUAUUUGUCAAGAACCUAUUGAUUGGGGCAAUAGUUAUAAAUUUUUAUCAGAUCUCGUCGCGCUAAAGGCGCAGAAUAAUGAAUUGUUUCAAGAAGGAUUGAUAUUUAAAGCUAUGUGUGACAACAUCAAAGAAUUGGUGUUUUACUAUCAAACGGUGCUUCUAAGAAUUUUUUCUUGUGAAAAUGAUUCAGACAGACUGUUGAGAAUACUUCAGAAAGUACGUUCCGUGGCUUCGAUAAUUAGUAAAGUCGGCAAAGUUUGCGAGCCUUACAAAGAGACCCAGAACAUACUCAGAGGAGAAGGUAGCAUUCUGACGAGAAUUUAUAACGAGGCAAUCAAAGUUACGGAUCCUAAAGUCGCCGUAGUAUUUUAUUCUUUGCUAAAAUCUUGUUGCGAGAUUUACUUUCGAUUUUUACAGAAGUGGAUAUUCCAAGGAAUAUGCGACGAUAUUUACGGGGAGUUCAUGAUCAAAACGCGACCGCAAUAUUUACGUAACAGAAGUCAUAAAUUUUGGGCACAUAGUUUCAGAAUUUAUAACGACGCAGUUCCGGGGUUUUUAAGCGAUCUAGCAGAAUCGAUACUUCAGUGCGGAAAGACUGUAAGACUUCUAAGAACCUGCGACUCGAAAAAUCCAGUAUGUCACGUUUGUGUGACCGAACCACCGGAAAUAAAAGUCUGUUUAAAUGCAGACGCGAUAGAGGAACAGUCAUUAAGAUGUUGGGAGUACGAGAAGAAAGGGAAAUCUGCUCUUGGCUCGAUUCUUUCUUUGUCUACGGCUAUUUCCGAGCAGAAACGAUUAGAGAAGAAGAUAUCGGACGUCAUCCAUACGCAGCGCGAUGCGUUAUUGAAAUCUCGUGAGAAAGAAGAACGGGAGAACGCUUUAAAAAUAGCUCAAGCAAAACAAAAUUAUUUGGUGAGCUCGCAAGAACAAAUAUUAGUAAAUGACUUGCAAGAAAAAAAGAAAGAUGAGGAAGAAACUGAAUUGACUAACGAGACGCUUUCGGAGGUCGAAAGUUUGGAAACUCCGCUAGAGGAAGUGAACGAUUUGCAGCAGAAAAAGGAACUUUCGAACGAAAUAAUCGCGGAAAUCCAAGCUGAAGAGUGUAUAAUAAAGGAAAAGUCGCGAGAUAUAGAACGAACGAAUAUCUUAAAUUAUUAUGAGAAUCUAGCUAAUGAUAUUAAUCAACGGUGUAUGCGUUCGCAGUGGCGCAUUAAAAGAAUGAAAUUGUAUGAGGAGAGGGUGGAUGCGUUGCACACAGCAAAUAAGGAUUCCAGGGACCAACUGAUAAGAAUCGAAAUGCCUGGAGUAAUAACUUCAGGUUUCCCAGUCGGAAAUCCAAGACAAGACGAGAACAGGAAUUAUACGGAAACGUCUUUGCGCAGGUUUAUGUUAGAUACAAGAACAAAAUCGCGUGACAAGAUUGAUCAGUUAGAUACUACGGAAAGUCAUAGUUCGCUUAUAAGUAACGCACAUAAAACGAUAAGCAAUGAUAACGAGAAACACGAAUUUCAAGGUUUCCCAGGAACACUGAACGUUGGAGCGAUCACGGAAAUUUCAUCGACUAAGAGCACGACGAAUACACGUGUGAACGAAAUGUUCGAAAAUCUUUCGAUCAAUUCGACGCAACGUUCCUUAGAAAGGCCUACUACUUUGAAUGUGUUAAAAGUCGAUAAUGCGAAAUCUGAAAUCGAUGGAAUGCAAUCGUUGUUGAGGUGUAACAUGACACCGAAUAACAACGAACCUGCCGUAAUCGAGUUUACUCCUAAUGCGAAUGAAGUAACCGGUCUGACUAUUCGUAUCGACAACGCGACGAUUUUAAAUCAAGGGAACACUGAUUUGGAAACACCCAUGUCGUGUACAACCGAUAAUUUUACAAUAUCUUCAAUCCAGAGUCCUAAUUCGCAGACGUAUAAUCUGGAAAACUCGUCUCCCACAGAGAUUUCUUCCGUGAUUGUACAAUCAAGCUGCUCUCAACCGAUGUCUAAAUCGUCUCUUACCAUAAAAAGAGACGCAACGUUUUCAGAUAUAUUCGAGUUAGCUUAUGAUGAAAAAACCAGCGGAUCAACUGUAGCACCUCUGAGUAUCAACGACGUGGAGAUGAUCGAUCACAUCUCUCUUCAAGCCUAUUUAGAAAAGUCGAUUCGCAUUCCUCUGAAUAUACAGAGUCGCCUCGUUAACAAUGCCGUCAUAAAGUAUUUUUUAAACGAGAACAGUUUGCUCUCGCAUUUGCAUAGUUUGCGUAGUUACUUCUUUCUGUUGAACGGAGAAUUUGCAAAGAGUUUAACUGACUCUUUGUAUGCUCGUUUAUACGAGAUCUCUAUACCCACCGAAUUAUUUAACUCCGCUACGUUGACUAAUCUUCUCGAGCGGGCGCUCACUCAUUCGUUCAGCAAAGUUCAUAUGAAUUCGGAACUCGUCAGUCUUUCGGCAACGGACGUACCGUCACAGUUGCAUAUAUCGGACCCAACGGCAUUGGACUGUCUCUCUCUCAAUUACAAAAUACAUUGGCCACUGAACAUUAUACUCGACGAAGCAGUGAUGGUACAAUACCGCAAGGUAUUUAAAUUCUUGAUAACAAGCGGUCGCGUUUCAUGGGUGCUGCAAGAAGACUUCAAUAUCAUGAAGAGGGAACGUAAAGCGAUCACAUCGGAACAGUAUCACAAACUCCAAUUAUAUAGACACUCAAUGACCCAAUUUAUGAACGCGUUGCACAAUUAUUUAACGUGCAGCGUGUUGCACGCGAGUUGGACCGAAUUCGAAAAAGACUUGGAGCAUUCCUUAACCGUGGAUCAAAUUUAUUCCUCGCAUAUCAAUUACGUGAAACGGAUACUCUCGAGAUGUAUGCUAAAUACUCACGGCGAAAAAGUACGUGUUUGUUUGAACAGCAUAUUUAAAGUGAUUCUGCAAUUCCAUAAUAGGAUAAGGUCCCAGAACUGGAUAAAGAGAUCUACGGGAUACGUACAUCCGAACUUCAAGAAGUUGGAACAAAUGUAUAAAGCAUUCUGCGAACUGCGGACGUACAUAGCGCACGUCGCGUUUAAGUUAGCCACAAGCGGAUAUCAACCGCAUUUAAUGCACUUCUUAAAUUCUCUUAAUAUAAAUCACCUGUACGAUUUAACUGUUAAAACAUCCCGAAGCUCUGCGAGCGUCUCGGAAAUUAACAAUCAGAAGGAAGCCUGUUGAACUGGGAGGAUUCUGUUCUUAAAUGAAAAAUCUUAUUUUAUGUUACCAGAUAAUAAGAAUACGUCUUCGCACAUUUUGUUACAUAAUCGCAGUCAUCGGUUUAUCUUUGGCAAG